AUGGCUUACGUGGCGGCCAGGCAAGGCUGGGGAAGAGGGAUGUUUUGGGUGGUGAGGAGAUGGAGCUUUGUGAGGAGGAAUCGUGGAAAUACUUUGCUCCUUUACAGAAGUCCUAAUUCUGGCAAAAAGAAAGCACUUGAAGUGAAACCAGGGGAAGAUCAUAGUUCUGGGAGUAAGAGACCAGGCCUUUUCUUAGAGCAUCACAAGGAGGGGACUCAAAGCUCCAAGGAGAUACCCUCAGAGCCGCAACAAGAGAAGAAUGAAGGUACACUAAUCACACAUUCUCAGGCAUUAGUGCUGAUGGAAUUUACAAAUUCAGAGGAUGUAAAUCAAGCAACUGAGGUAAUGGAGGAGAUGGUACCAGAUAAUCAACAAGCGACACUCUUGGAAGAACAGCAACUGAUGGAGGUUCCAGUGUCAGAAUUCACUAUUCCCAAACCAAAGAGAAGAGGGUGGAAGAGGAAAGAAGGUAAGGAAAUGCAGAAAACCAGAAAUCCCUCUUUAUCUAUAUCUGCUUCAAAAAGGAAAUCUCCAGCAAUUGAAGAAGAUCUGGCAGACAAGAGGGGGUGCAAGAAGUUGUUUCAAAUGCUUGGAGAUUACAGGCUACUGGCACUCCAAUGUUCCAAGUAA